CAUAAGUUAUCAAUCAUCUUCUCCAUCUACAUCUUCUUCUUCAUCCAAUCUCUGCAACUAAAUCAAAAUCAAAAUCAAAUUUAAAAAAUGGAGCAGAAUAUGCAAAUCAUAGCGAAGAAAUUCUGGAACGUUGUGCGGGUGAUGUAUUUCAUGCUCCGAAAAGGCAUCUCCAAAGCCAAGCUCUUCUCCGACCUCAACAUGAUGAUGAAGCGCGGCAAAAUCGCCGGAAAAUCCGCCAUAUACAACCUCAUGUUCCACCACCACCACGCCGCCGCCGCCGCGCGCCGCUUCUCCGCGCCGGCCGACGGAGAAUACGAAUUCAGCUGCAGCAACAGCCCGGCCUUCCACUUCCCUACCUUCCACAAGCGCAAGCACCACUACCACUCCCCGCCGUCGCCGGCGCCGCUCGACCCCGAGCUCCUGGCGGCGGCGCUGGAGGUUUUCGCCAGCGCGGCGGCUUCGCCGGCUCUGCCAGGGUUUAUCAAGCCGAGCCCAGCCGUGAGGCAGCUGAGGAUAACCGACUCGCCGUUCCCGUUAGCCGAUGCUGACGUGGACAGCCACGUGGACAAGGCAGCGGAGGAGUUUAUAACGAAGUUUUACAGUGAGCUCAAGAGGCAAAAUGCUGUGGCUUAUUUGGGUUACCAUAAAUAAAUUAAUUAAUUAAUUAAUGGAUUUUAAUUUCUCAUUUUAUAUAUAUAUAUAUAUAUAAAUAAUUUAGGGCAUUAAUAAAAUUUGCCUUGUAAUGAUAUUUUUAAUGUUUUGCUGGCCUUUACUUGUCUUAUUAAUGUAAAUUGGCUGGCUUCUUCAUUUUGUGAAAUUUCAACUUUUCUUUUUUUU